AUACAGGCGGUUCCGGUUCCGCUUCACUACACUAACCGCCUGUACGCGAGAUGAACCCUGGCGUUUCGCAAGCCUCGUUACCGAUUAAACUCAGAACGAGGCUAACCGGAAAUGACGUUGCUGGUGGUAUUUUUGUAACCAUAGUAACUAACGUUAUGCGUUGUACAUGGUUGUGUGUAGUGGGCGAGUAUAGUUGGAACAUUCCGGAAAAAUUGAUUAAUUGUCAUUGUGUCGAACCUUAUGGCUUGCGGCGACAAUUGUGUAUAUUGUAAUCAUCAUUUCAAUUUGUACAAUUUGAAAAACGAGCGCAGGCGGAAUAUAUUUUCAGUUCAAGGCGGCUUUGAUAUAUUCAUAUUGAAUGAGUUGGCGAUUGUGCUGAACACUGAUCGUGAAUCACUGCUAAAUACGUUGCAAUCACCAAACAAUGUAGACACUCUAUUCAUCUGUGCAAAUUGUAACAAUCUUAUCAAGCAGCACGCGUCGGCAAGGGAUAAAGCAAUUAACCUGUUGAGUACGAUUAGGGCCCGGAGGGUACCGGGAGGUGUGUUGAGUAAUCUGUGUGACGAAGAAAACGUCCAAAAUGAACAGGUACCCCCCAGCCCCAUGCAAGUUCAAGUACGCACUCCGGACAAGUCACACAAGAAAAGAUCUAGAUCGGCAUUGACGCCUUUGAAGACAGGAUUGACACCAGCAUCUAAAAAGAAUUAUGUCACCGCUCUACAUCAUGAUGUUGGCCAAAAAAAUGGGAAAGCUAGUCGUAGGAAGGGGUUAUUCACCAGUCCUCAAGUUCCGAGUGCGACCCACAAGACCCCCAAGUCACAGACCCCCCAGACCUCAAAGUCACAUACCAGCCCAGUAUCGGUGGAGAUUCCUUUCAAGUGCAGAACCCGGGUCUCUCAUCAGCAAGGAAACAUGUGGAAAAAUCACAAUAUCACGCGAAGGAUAUAUCCACACUACAUUCCAAACUCUGCCUUCCUACCUUCAGCUGAAGAUCAUCGGCUUCUGAGAGAAGAUAUGCGGGUCUUGAUUCAGCGCGUCCUCACAGAGCACAUGAAAAUGUUUCACGACAUCAAGCACCUUGUGACUGACCACAUCCCACAUGAGUAUUCAGAGCAGUCCAAGAGAAAGAGCAAUGUGGUCCCUCUGGGCAUUAUGGAGAAGGACGAGAAUAUAACAGAGCAGAUGAUAGACAUCAUGACCCACCUCCAGCAGUAUGUCCCGAGAACGGCUGAUGAUGUGAUGAAGCCGCUCCUGCUGGGGGGAGAUGGCCUGAGUGUCGAGCGUGCGGUUGGAUCGCAACGAGCCAGAGCUGAUGGCAUCACACCCGAGGAUCGCCUGGAUGGACUAGUUGCCCACAGCGAAGACUGGCAUGGCCAUGUUCUCGCUCUACAGGAUCUGUUCAAUUCCUACUACAAGACGUCGUCAGCUGGCGAGAAGGGGACACUGUUCCAACUACGCAACCGCUUUGAGCGCACACGGGUGAAGUCGAUCGUAAAAGAUGCUGUGAACGACUGUCGGGAAUUCAGCCGGUUUGUGACCAUCAGCUUUAUUCUGCUAUCGGCACUUCACAAGCUCGGUCUGGAGUCGUUGGACGACGACAGUCCAGCGCAGUUUGCAUCCAAUGAGGAGAAGGCGGCUUUUCUGGCGCAGACUGCAUUGGAAAUUGUUGACAGUUUCGUGGCGACGACUACUUCGCCCGACGACCUCCUAAAUCAGGGUGAUGGAGUACCCGAUAUGGCGACCAACAUGCCGUGUCGCGUUCCGUGUGGAUUUCCGGGCUGCCAUCGGGACUUUGCGAUCGAUGGGAAGUGCCGACAAACACAUAGAGCCAUGUGCCUGUACCAGGAUGUACAACUACAGCAGUGUGACCCCCCCAUGGCCCGAAACACUCCUGAUGGCCAGUCGACAGCGUCAAAGGAGGACUUUAAAUUCAAUUAUUCCUGCAAUGUGCUGCGUGAAGGGCUGAUGGACUGGGUGAGAGAGGACGCAGCCGAGGAGAACGAUGGCCACAGGCUAACUCGGAUGUGGCGCUUUGAUAUGCUCCUCUAUCACCAAAACAACCACACAAAGUACCGGUUACUGGGGUUUAGGCUGCAGUCACAGCUACUUGCCACAUUGACGGCCAGGCAGCAACACCAGAUGCUGCACAACAGGUGCAUAAAUAUUCAUGGUGGGGCAGGUGGCAAUGUGCCUGGCGACGUUGCACUUGAAUUCUUGAACAUGGUGGCCAAAGAUGCUUUGUCGUCCUUGAGGGGCAAUCUGACCACAAAGUCUAUCCGAAGAGCAGGACGCAGUUUGUCAGCACUCGACCGAAUUAUGAACGCAUAUAAAACUGGACUUGAUGUCUACUUUGGCGCCCCUAAACACCACAAACCAUCCAUCCAGAACGAUGUCAAGUUGUUGGUUCGAGAAAUGAAGGGUGAAUCACUAUUUGCCCAAAUACCAGGACGAUUUCACCAGUCAUUUCCAGAUAUGCCCUACAGCAGACUUGACAAUAUUCACGGGAAAAGUCUAGGUCCUCUAGGAUUGUGGCUAACAAGGCAAAAAGAACAGAGUGCCCGCAUUCAACGAUUGCGAUCUUACCAAUAA